GCCUCCAAUGUCGCACACUGACUCCCUGUUCCUCAACUCACCAGUAUUCGUCGUGCCUCACUGUCCGGGUGAUUCUGUUGCUCUUCGCUUCUUUGGGUUUCUGCAGGCGGAGCCCCCAAAAAGCCCGACUUUGGACCAUAUUCGCUUUCUUCCACGCACGAAUAGCCAGACCGCUUAAUAUCAUUCCACGCGGUCUCACCCCUCUCCGCACAAAGCUGCCCACCACGGUCGUGAAUUCCGAGCCCUUUCUACAACUAUACUUCGAUUCUGCCCGGCAUCUAACCCCCGCAGCAUGUUCAAGAAGAAGCCUCAGAUCAAGAACCUCUCGCCCCUCCGAUCCUCUGAUCGCCGCAAACUCGCGGAUCAGAUCAUCGCCGACUACAGGGUACAUGUGCCCACGCUGGAAGAGAUCGAUCCCGACGCGGCGACGGCAGAGAACCCACCCCCUACCGCCUCGAUCCAUCACCCUACUCCCGCACUCACGUCCGUCCGCACCAGUCUUGUUCCGGAAACAUGCCUCUCUGCGCGCUUCACAACUCACGCUGGACCCAAUGCGACACUAGUCUCGGGGACAGUGUAUGUAGGCGCACAUCCGGGCCAAGAGGAGAGGAUACUGUGGAUUCAAUAUGGAAAAGAUUCGAGGCUAUACCCGACGGUGUAUACACUGUGGCAUAACCCGGGAAUUGUUCCAUUGUUACAUACCCAGGAUUUCGUCGUCGAGAAACUCCGCACGGGCGCAGAUCUGAUGACGCCCGGGCUUGUGGGCGGUCCCCCGUGGCCCGAAGCUGCAAAGCCAGGGUCGGUUGUUGCAGUUGCGGGCUUGAAGAAGCCUACCGUGCCUCUCUGGGUGGGCAUAUGUAAGAUCGACAUAUCGAGUUUGGGCAGGGUGCAAGGAGCGAAGGGUGCUGCGGUCGAGGGCGUCCACUGGGAGGGAGACGAAAUCUGGGGUUGGAGCCAGUUUGGAAGUGGAGGCCGAACUGCUCCAGAGACGAUAGAUGGUUGGGACUUUCCAUCUGGUGACAUACAAGACGGAGUGGGAAAGCUGGAUCUGGAAGAAAGCGACGAAGAUGAAGACGUGCAAGAAGAGGGCGGCGUAACCCUCGACGCUCCAAAAAGCGGGACUGAAAACGGGACCCAUGAUGCCGAUGGACCAGACGAGGCUCGAGAGGACGAGGCAGAGGCAGGAGCAGACGCAGAGCGGGAACCAUCGACCGCCGAAGUCGACGAAGCAUUUGUACAAGCAUUUCUCUAUGCCCUCUACGACGCGAAGAAGGCCGCCGCCCCUCCACAUCACGGACUCGACUUUCCUAUACAGCCAUCUUUUGUGAUCUCAAACAUGGUUCAACCGCAUCUCCGCUUUCCAAACCAACAUUACACCAUCAAGAAAACCUCUUGGAAAAACACCAAGAAGUUUAUCAAAUAUCUCGAAAAGCAGGUGCUCGUCAAGUCCAAAGACCGCAAUGGCGGGGAGACGGUGAUUCUGGACGUCGAUUUCGAUGAUCACCGAGUGGUCAACUUCCAACCGUACCGAUUGCCGAAACCAAAAGCCCAAACGCCAGCGGGCAGCGUGGACACCGCCCAACCUUUGGCCAGCGGAGCCGAUACCUCUCUCGGGCAGAAACUCACGUUGCAGACGGUCUAUCGAGCCUCCAGCAAGCUGGUCCCCGACCUGAUCCCGUCCAAAACCACAUACUACACAUCGUCGCAGAUCUCCUCUUUCCUCAAAAAGUACAUUGACAACGAGCCCGCGCUGAGCGAGAACACCUCGUCUCCGCGCUUCGUCAAACUCGACCCUUUUAUCUCAAACAACAUCCUCAACUCGAACCCCACCGCCACCGACACGCGCGUUCUGGCCGCCGGCGAGAUCGCCCGCGACGCCCUGCUCAAGCGCAUCCUCGAAGACUCGCACCUCUGCAUCCCGCACUGGCUGCUGCUCCGCAACUCCCAGACCUACGACGCCGACUCGCCCGAUCCGGCGCUGAAGCCCAAACCCGGGCCCCCACCUCAGCUCAACAUCGUGGUCGAGAAGCGCUCGGGAACCAAGGUCGUGACCAAGAUCUCGGGCCUCGAGGUCUUUGGGAUCAACCCGCACGUCUUGGGGCCGGAGUUGCAGAAGAAGUGCGCCGGGUCCGCGAGCGUGGGCCAGCUGGUCGGCGGGAAGCCCGGCGUCAUGGAGAUCCUCGUGCAGGGCGACCAGAGGGACGUGGUCGAGAAGGAAAUGGCCCGGAGAGGCGUCGAUAGGAGGUGGGUGGCCGUGGAGGACAAGACCAAAAAGAAGAAGAAAUGAAGGUGGAUAUUUGUCCCCCCGUUGUCCCUAGCUUAUGUCAAAUGAAUAGCUGGGAUAUGUAUGCGCUUGGAGAAACGUGGUAGCGCAAUGGAGUGGGUGAGCGAGUGAGUGAGCGAGUAGCUAAUGUAAUGAUGGGAUUGGACAUGUCCUUCCUCUCUACUCGUAGACCGACGAACAGCUCUCCCGCUCUUCCCGCAUACUCGUAGACUCCAUGCCCUCACUCCCACCCCCAACGACCCGACAGGCAAAAACAAUGCGAACUUCUCUUCUAGAUUGGA